UUUGUUGUUUGUGAGGGAGGCAGUGGAGAGAACGAGGGGGCGGUGUGAGGGUCUUCUCUUGGCCUGCCCGUCUGUACGCCUUUUGAGGGUAAAACGCCGCAACUUUUUCCUCCACGAACGCGGCGGAUCGGUGCAACGUUUCCUGAAGAUUUGUCCGCCGAAUGCUGUCGUGAGAUACGUGGACGCGGGGCUGCGAGGUUGUGUUGUGCGCCAACGCUCGUGCUGUGCGUGUUUUAUUCGUUCUCUGGAGCAGCGGCCAGUCAGUCAGGAUGCUGCUGCUGCUGCUGCUGCUGGAGCUCGCCUGACAAGGAGCGAGCGCCCCGCCGCGUGUGUGUGUGUGUGUGUGAGAAAGGGAGAGAGGGAGAGAGGGGGAGCCUUCUCUCUUUUCCUACACCAACUUCUUCUUCUUGGGAGCAAAUUCAGACGGCAGAUUUUGUCCACUUUCAACUUUUAACCAUGGUGUUCUUCACUCUGUCCUCGGCUCGCAACAAACCUGGGUAACGAAAGGAGUAGCUACGUGACAACACCCCGACACGACGACCAGCGACUUUCCCUCGCGGCGCAUCUGCCUGGGAUUUUUCAGCUGUGGGGAAUUUAAUCCGCGAUAGAUGCAUCUCGGGGUGUCAGAGUCCAUGAGAGAGUGCGAGUACAGCCAGAUCAGCACUCGCAGCUCCACACCGAUGGAGACCCCUUACAAGAAAAAGACUCAGAAGAAGAGGAAGUGGGAGUCCUUCCCAGGUCGGAAUAAAUUUUACUGUGAUGGAAGGAUUAUGAUGGCGAAGCAGACGGGGGUUUUCUACCUCACCCUCGUCCUCAUUCUAGUGACCUGUGGACUGUUCUUUGCUUUUGAUUGUAAGUACCUGGCGGAGGAGUUGACCCCGAUCAUCCCGGUCAUAGGAGGUGCGCUGUUUCUAUUUGUGCUGGGCACACUGCUAAGAACCAGCUUCAGUGACCCAGGGGUGCUGCCCAGGGCAACCCCAGAUGAAGCAGCUGAUCUUGAGAGGCAAAUAGAUGUGGCUAAUGGCAGUACAGGUUACAGACCUCCUCCCAGAACCAAGGAGGUGGUUAUAAACGGCCAGACAGUCAAACUGAAGUAUUGCUUCACCUGCAAGAUCUUCAGACCACCACGUGCCUCCCACUGCAGCCUGUGUGACAACUGUGUGGAACGUUUUGACCACCAUUGUCCCUGGGUGGGAAACUGCGUGGGAAGGAGGAACUAUCGUUUCUUCUACAUGUUCAUCCUCUCGCUCUCCUUCCUCACCAUCUUCAUCUUCGCCUUUGUCAUCACACACAUCAUUUUAAGCUCUCAUAAAAAGGGGUUUCUCACCGCACUUAAAGAUAGUCCUGCCAGUGUGCUGGAGGUGGUGGUUUGUUUCUUCUCUGUCUGGUCCAUAGUGGGCCUCUCAGGCUUCCAUACCUACCUGAUCAGCUCAAACCAGACCACCAAUGAAGAUAUCAAAGGUUCGUGGUCUUCUAAAAGAGGGAAGGACAACCAUAAUCCUUACAGCCAUGGCAACAUAUUCACCAACUGCUGUGCAGCACUAUGUGGACCCCUGCCACCAAGUCUCAUUGACAGACGGGGCUUUGUUCAGUCAGACACGCCACAGCUGGCACAGCCGACCAACGGCAUCACUAUGUAUGGAGCCACCCAGUCUCAGCAGAGCCACAUGUGUGACCAAGACCAGUGCAUUCAGAGCACCAAAUUCGUUUUGCAGGCCGCCACCACCCCUCUCCUCCAGCAGCAGAGCAGCGAGCCAGUUAUCCUGACAGCCUCGUCUGAAAACGGUGGCUCCCUCCCUGGCCGCACGUCCCUUGCGCUGGUCGGCCCGUGCACCUCGCUCCCCCUCGGGCAGCCCACGCCUCCGACGUCGACCCCCAGCCUCAGCUGCCACGAAGCCGCCGACAUGUUACCGAUCCAUGGCCACAGCCACGCACACAACCACAGCCACCCCUACCAGGAGCCGGUGGCGCACCACCACUUUCUCACUCCAGAGGAAGUGCCCUCGCCCCCAGGUAUGCUUCCGUGUGGCAGCCCGCUGGGUCACAGCCACACAAUGCAGAGCGGCUUCUACAACCCAGCGAGCCAGGACUCACUACAUGAGGACUCUGUCAGAGGUUUGGUAAAGCUCAGCUCUGUCUGACCACAGAACACACAAACACGCACCCUGAUACCCUCCUGUGCCACUUUUUACCUUGCACCACCCGCUCUCCUCUUCAGCAGGACUUGACAAUUGAAAGAAAAAAAAAAAGAAAAAAAGGCUGUGGUUUAAAUUCAGCUGCUAGAAACUGUGGUAUUUAACUGAAUUCAGUGAAACCUCAGCCACUGUCUUGCCAAAUCUCUCUCUCCCCAAGACUGGGGGAGACGGUUCCCUGUAAGAUGGAAUAUACGACGACUCAGACAUACAUGUCUCUCUCUCCUUUUUUUUGCUCGCACUCUUUCUCUGCUUUUCUUUUCAACUUUAAGGGAAGCAUCAUCCAGUGUCCAUCCCUCCCCCUGGUGAUUGGAUAAGGGAGUAUUCUUUUUUUGUUUGUGUUUUUUUUUGUUUGUUUUUUUCCAAAUGAAGUAAGUUUGUGAGUCAUUUCAAGCCAAAAAAAGAGUAAACAUGUAUUGAUGGUACAUGGCAUGUUUUAGUCAAAAAGCUGGAUUUCUGUUCAUGGAUCAUUUGUCUGACAAGAUGUUGUUUUGGUUAAACACAGUUUAGCCUAAUUUGCCUGUUGCUGAUUGGACUGAUGCCUUCGCCCCCCCCCCCCCCCC